AGCCUGCUGGAGUCAGAGUCCUACAUCCUCCUGAGCUCUGACACUUUCUUCUCUGUGCUCCCUGCUAAUCUUUUCACCAGGAUGAAGGUCUUGGCGAUGCUGGUACUGGUGGCAGUUUCCACCUUCCUGGUCUCAGGACAGUCUACAACCAGUGCUCCAUCUGGUAGCUCUACUGGUGCCUCUGAUGCCACCACAGCUGCGGCCACCACAGCUGCGGCCACCACAGCUGCGGCCACCACAGCUGCGGCCACCACUGCUGAGGCCACCACUGCAGCCGCCACCACUGCAGCCCCUGGCUCCACAACCAGUGCUGCUCAAACCACCACUCGCAGGAGGUGGUGGAAUGAAAUAAAUAACAGUUUAAAAAAGCUUACAGGAACAUAAAGAAACUAUUGGGUUGAAAUAUUACUAAAAUGGAAUUAGCCUGGGCCUUCUGCAUUUGAUCCUGCUGGGCUCAGCCACAAUGUCCCCUCAUUUGAUUUAACUCAACUACUUACUACGUGUACCAUCUCUUUCUCAUCCUUAAUCAUUUUGUUUGUUUUCCAAUAAAAAAUAACAUUGAGCAACAUCAAAA